CUCCAGUGGGAGGAACUGGCCAAGAACGACAUGCAGCUCAAGGGUCUGCAGCGUGUAGUCCACUGCAGCAUCUCCAACGACACCACGCGGGCCAUUAUCGACAAAAUCCUGAGCGAUCGAGGGACCAUCGCUGGAGAACUUGUGUAUCCUGGCGUGACGAUCUCGUUUUCCGAUGGGGAUGAUUUCAAGGCUCUGCUGGGUACGCCGAACGCUUGUGGGACGGCGUAUUUGUUGGCGCAGCAUAAGGGACAGCUUGGGCAAAAGGUGGUGAAGAGGUUCGAUGUGUUUUCGGUGUUUUCGGAGGGCCAGGACAUGAAGGCGAAGGUUGAGGGGAAGUGGGCCUAUGCGAUGGUGAUUCAUGUUGGUGAUUAGUAGUCUUGGUUUGAACGAGAGGAAGGGGAGGAGGAUUUAGAUUUUUGCUGAGCGAUCUUGCUUGAUGGGAAUGAUCGAGGCAUCUCGUAUCGAGGAAUAGAUCGGAGAGACAGGGGAGAAAUGCAUCUGUAGGAUAAUCUGGUGACAUUCUCG